AUGCGCCAACCCCUAUGGACAUUGUCGACAUGCCUGCGACAGUUGCCGCGGCCUUUGUCGCUUCGCGGCAUUCGUCUGCAAACCACUGGUAAGAUCUAUCGCGAUCAGGUUGUUCACUGGACGCACGUUUUAACCUUUCGCANNGCAGCGGCGGCUGAUGGAGCCAUCUCUCCUGCCCUGCUCUCACGAGCUCGGUCAAUGGCCAAAGAGCACGAUGAAAUCACUGCCAAACUCGCCGAAGGCUUCGACACAAAAGCAGCCAAANAAUUGGGUCAGCUAUCGUCCGUCACCAAUGCAUUGAAAGAGUGGGAAAAGGCAAACGAUUCUCUGGCGGAAUUGCGAACACUUCUAUCCGACCCCAAGACAGACAAAGAUCUUGUCGAAUUGGCAGAGGAGGAUCUAGAAGUCUCGCGGACCGACUUCUCUCAAGCCUCGGAUGCCCUCAAGCUUGCGCUCGUGCCUCGUCAUCCAUUCGCGGAGUUGCCAUGUCUGAUUGAAAUUAGACCUGGCGCAGGUGGUGGAGAGGCUGCCAUCUUCGCUGGUGACAUGUUACGCAUGUACACAUCAUACUGCAAUCGUUUAGGUCUACGGAUAUCUCUGCUCAAAUACGAAGACGCCGAUGGCCAAGGCGCAGGCUCAGAUGCACCACUCCAAGAAGCAGUGCUCGAAGUCGAGUCGCCGGGCGCAUACGGCAUCUUGAGAUGCGAGGCCGGAGUUCACAGAGUACAGCGCGUGCCAGCAACAGAAAGCAAGGGACGCACACAUACUAGCGCCGCAUCAGUUCUGGUACUUCCAUCCUUCCCUGCAGAGCCCUCGCAGGAACUGGGAGAAAACAGCUUCGAUGACCCCAAUAGCGACUACUACGUGGAUCCCAAGGAUGUCCGUACCGACGUCAUGCGCGCAAGAGGAGCAGGUGGGCAGCACGUCAACACAACCGACAGUGCUGUCAGAUUGACCCAUUUGCCUACCGGAACCGUGGUCGCCAUGCAAGAUGCACGUUCGCAACACAAAAACAGGGAAAAAGCAUGGAGGCUGCUCAGAAGUAGAAUCGCCCAGUCAAGGCGUGAACAACGAGAAGAAGAGAUGCUCGCCAUGCGCCGAAGCGUUGUCGGAGUCGCAAAGAUGGGCAGAGAGAACAAGAUCAGGACAUAUAAUUGGGGUCAGCAGAGAGUAACGGAUCACCGUAGCGGCAUCAGUGUGCACGAUUUGGACGAUGUGCUCGAAGGAGGCAUUGAACUCGAACGUGUCAUGGAGAGUGUCAGAGGAUGGCUCAGCGAACAAGAGGUGUUAGGCCUGGCUGCCGAAGAAGAGCUGGCUGCUAAGACGGACUCUUGA